AUGCCAACAUCUGAAAAGAUGGCCAUGGACUUGACUGGGGUCGCCCUCGUCCCCUUCCAGCGUAUAAGAUGUGUCUCGUUACACGGGGCCUACCUGGGCCCGCUCGGCGCCGCGACGCCCCUGAUUUAUUGCGGCCUAUACAUUCAAAUUGACAGCCCAGAGCCCGGCCGCGGCGUGGAGCGCUAUCACGAUCUACGCGCCCUAACGCCGGCUAAGCGA